AUGGCGUUUGUUAUCAGCUCAGGUUUUAUCGGAACGCGCUCUGGUGCGGUUCAGUCGCGCUGCAGCCGGCGUACACGGGCUGCGACGGCGCGGCGAGCGUUGGUUUCCCAGCUGCAGGCGGAACCUCAGCCCGGUGAACCGGGUUACAAGCCGCCAGUGACGCAAACAGCGCCGACCAGUGAGUUGGUCAAGAAGGGUGUUGUCAAGUCUCCUUUUAAAGAUGUUCCGGAGCGGAGGGAGGAGGACGACGACGACGAUGUCCCAGAGGCGGCGAAACCUCCUAUCCGCGCCCCGAUGGCUGCAAUCGGUCGUCCAAAGGUAGUGCCCAAGCGCGCGAAGACGAAGCAGGAGGAGGAAGAGGAGCAGCGUCAGCGGACAGCACAGGCGCGUUCCUUUGCGGAAGCGCGUACUGGAGCGACCCAGCAGCAAGAGCAACAGCCUGUGGCUACUGCGGCGGCGCCCAAGGCAGAAAAUCGUCCGGGCUCAACGCUAGCGCGCCGCUCUAUUCUGGACACUGGCAACGUGCCCAAGUUCCCUGGACUGCCUCCGUACCUGCAGCCGCUUCCGGAGGAUACUCGCGAGCAAAGAGAAAAGCUGCGGGCGCGUAUUCCCGUGAAUCGCAAGUGA